AUGAAACCAAAUAUUCUAUUGAUUGCUUAUACUAUUUAGUUGUUCAUUGUAAGAGCUAUUGAUGUUUUACCAAUUGAAAUAUUAUUUGAUGUCCUCUUUAUAUAAGAAACAAAUUCUGUAAUUUAUCAAGCCUCAGACGAUUUUAAUUACAGAUAUAGUACCCUUGAUACUUAAGGAAUUAUUACAGGCACUUAUUCGUUAAAUGGAAUACAGGAUAUCCAGCAGAAUACGAGAUACUUUAUCAUAGAUAAUUUACUUUACUUGCAUUAUUAUUGGGGUGUAGAAUAUCAUACUAUUGAUUUAAAUAAAAUGAUAGCUGGUUAACAAGGGUAUUUAUAAACUAUUUCAUAUCCGACAGCUGCUAAACCAUGUGACUAACCUAUUAGAAAUGAAAUCACUCAUAUAGUUUUAGAUAAUUAACUGUUUAUGAAUGGAAACACAUAUCAAAUACUGAUUUCAUUUGUUAAUUCUAUAAACAUAGUAUUAGUCAAUAUGUAAUAUAACUUAUAUUUGAUAGAAGAUUACCUUACUUAAGUACAAACUACUAAUUUAAUAUUUUAAGAUAUUAAAUCAGUAAAACUAAAUAAUCCUAAUCACAUUGAUUAACUUCUAAUUUCUGAUAUCUCAAUAAUUACAGCAUAUGAUUACUAAAUAAAAGCUUUUAGAUAUUUUAAUGUGUAAAAUUUAACAGAAUUAUAAUCAACAGGAGAGAUUUUGCCUUUUGUUGAUUACUAAACCUUUUUGUAACAUGAGAACAUCAUUUUAAUUGGCACUUCUUAAUACACUUUAACAUAUAUCUCUUCAUUAAACAAAGUUAUCAUAACUAAAAGUCCAAAUACGUCUUAAAAUUCAUACACACUACGUUACUACCAUAUCAUUUACUAUGCUUUUUCAUAUGUUUACCAAGGAUCUACUCAAUACUUACUAAAUAUUAAAUAGUUCCUUAAUAUUACAUGCCCACCUUAAUUUGUUCUAGAUAGUUCAAAGACUAACUGCAUUUGUAGACCUAACAGUAUAUUAUAAAACUAAAGUUGCCCAUGCAAUACAUAAUAUAUUGAUAUUAGUGGAGAUUGCCUACCAUGCCCGUUGUACUGCAACACAUGUUCCUCUUAAAUAACUUGCUCUCUUUGUCAAACAGGGUAUUUACUUACUGUAAAUGGUACUUGUGUUUCUACUUGCCCACUUAAUUUUAUCUAAGAUUUAACUAAAACAAAUUGCAUUUGCCGCUUAAAUAGUACUUUAUUAAACUUUCAAUGCCCAUGCAAUACAGGCUACAUAGAUGUAAAUGAUGGUUGCUAAUAAUGCCCAUUAAAUUGUGAUGUAUGUACAAGCUAAGCAGUUUGUUCUCAGUGCUCUUAAAAUUAUUAUUUGACAGUAUAAGGAACUUGUGUUGCUGCUUGUCCUUAGACAUUUAUAUCUGAUUCUACUUCAAAAAUUUGUGUCUGUGGUCCAAAUAGAACACUAUAAAACUAAAGUUGCCCAUGCAACACAUAAUAUUUUGAUUCCAAUGGAAAUUGCCUACCUUGCCCUUAGUACUGCAACACAUGUUCCUCUUAAACAAUUUGCUCUCUUUGUCAAUCAGGGUUUUUACUUGCUAUAGAUGGUACUUGUGUUUCUACUUGCCCACUUACUUUUAUCCAAGAUUUAACUAAAACAAAUUGCGUUUGCCGUUUAAAUAGCACUUUAUUAAACUUGCAAUGCCCUUGCAAUGCUGGUUACAUAGAUGUAAAUGGCGAGUGUUAAUCAUGUCCAUCAAAUUGUGAUGUAUGUACAAGCUAAUCAGUUUGUUCUCAGUGCUCUUAAAAUUAUUAUUUGACAGUAUAAGGAACUUGUGUUUCUGCUUGUCCUUAGACAUUUAUACCUGAUUCUACUUCAAAAAUUUGUGUUUGUGGCCCAAAUAGAACACUACAAAACUAAAGUUGCCCAUGCAACACAUAAUAUUUUGAUUCCAAUGGAAAUUGCCUACCUUGCCCUUAGUACUGCAACACAUGUUCCUCUUAAACAAUUUGCUCUCUUUGUCAAACAGGGUUUUUACUUGCUAUAGAUGGUACUUGUGUUUCUACUUGCCCACUUACUUUUAUCCAAGAUUUAACUAAAACAAAUUGCGUUUGCCGUUUAAAUAGCACUUUAUUAAACUUGCAAUGCCCUUGCAAUGCUGGUUAUAUAGAUGUAAAUGGCGAUUGUUAAUCAUGUCCAUCAAAUUGUGAUGUAUGUACAAGCUAAUCAGUUUGUUCUCAGUGCUCUUAAAAUUAUUAUUUGACAGUAUAAGGAACUUGUGUUUCUGCUUGUCCUUAGACAUUUAUACCUGAUUCUACUUCAAAAAUUUGUGUUUGUGGCUCAAAUAGAACACUAUAAAACUCUCAGUGCCCAUGCAAUACAGGUUAUAUAGAUGUAAAUAGUAAUUGUUAAUAAUGUCCAUAAAGUUGUGAUGUAUGUAGAAGCUAAUCAGCUUGUUCUCAGUGCUCUUAAAAUUAUUAUUUGACAGUAUAAGGAACUUGUGUUUCUGUUUGUCCUUAGACAUUUAUACCUGAUUCUACUUCAAAAAUUUGUGUUUGCGACUCAAAUAGAAUACUAUUAAACUAAAGUUGCCCAUGCAACACAUAAUAUUUUGAUUCCAAUGGAAAUUGCCUACAUUGCCCAUAGUACUGCAACACAUGUACCUCUUAAACAAUUUGUUCUGUUUGUCAAACAGGGUACUUACUUACUAUAGAUGGUACAUGUGUUUCUACUUGUCCACUUAAUUUUAUCCAAGAUUUAACUAAAACAAAUUGUGUUUGCCGUUUAAAUAGCACUUUAUUAAACUCUCAAUGCCCAUGCAAUACAGGUUACAUAGAUUUAAAUGGUGAUUGUUAAUCAUGUCCAUCAAAUUGUGAUGUAUGUACAAGCUAAGCAGCUUGUUCUCAGUGUUCUUAAAAUUAUUAUUUAACAGUAUAAUAAACUUGUGUUUCUUCUUGUCCUUAGACAUUUAUAACAGAUUCUACUUCAAAAAAAUGUGUUUGUGGUGCAAAUAGAACACAAAAAAAUAAUUUAUGUCCAUGCAAUUCUUCAUACGUAGAUAUUAAUGGUGUCUGUUAACCUUGUUCUUCUAAUUGCAUAUAAUGCACUUCAUAAACAUAAUGCACAGUUUGCUAAUAGAAUUUUUACUUAACAACUGAUAUGACUUGUGUAGCAACAUGCCCAUUAACAUUUGUAGUAAAUGCAAAUCAAACCUAAUGUAUAUGUGACAUAAAUAGAACAUUAACAAACAAUAAAUGCCCUUGUAGUAGUGGUUUUAUAGAAAUUAAUAAUAUUUGUAAAUAAUGUCCACAAAAUUGUAAUAUUUGCUCAUCACAAAAAACUUGUACGGUUUGUUAGGCAGGAUAUUAUUUAACAGUGGAUGAUUUUUGUAUCUAAACUUGUCCAUUAACAUUUGUUGGAGAUUCUACUAAAACUAAAUGCGUUUGUGAUAUAAAUAGAACUUUAACAAAUAACUUGUGCCUCUGUAAUGCAACAUUCAUUGAAGUUGGAGGUAUAUGUUAACCAUGUCCGGAUUUAAUUUUCUAAAAAUCUAUUUGA